AUGUCCUAUGUUCCCUUUCAAGAUGCCAGGUGUGCCGCGCCCCCCUUCUACUACCACCAUCAGCAGCGCUCCCACGUCCACUCUGUCCGCGCUCCGUACGUGCAGUCCUCCAGUCGUCCAUCCGUCGACCGCCAUCCUCCCAGCCGCCCCUCUGCCAGCCGCCCUCCUCCCAGCCGCCCUCCUCCCAGCCGCCCCUCCUUCGAUCAUCGCCCCUCUUUUGACCACCGCCCCUCCUUCGACCACCGCCCCUCCUUUGACCACCGCCCUGCCUACGAGCGUCCCUCCAGAGAGCGUCCAGGCCACGAGCGCUGGAACCCCCGCGUGCACGUGAUCCCCCCAACAAACGCCUACAUGUUGGACCAGGAAGAGGUUCACCCGCUCCUGAUGCGGGAGCGGCGAUCAGAAACCCACCGUAACAAGCUUCUGCGGAGGACCGUAAGCGUCCCGGUAGAGGGGCGCCCUCAACCCGAGAUUGGUGAGUCUGCUUUGCUACACACCUGCUGCUACACACCUGCUGCCACACACCUGCUGCCACACACCUGCUGCCACACACCUGCUGCCACAUACCUGCUGCCACACACCUGCUGCUACACACUUGCCUUUGUGUUGCUGCUCUGGGAAAGACUCGUGGAUGCUUUUGUCGUGGUGUUGAUGGUUCCUGAAGGUCACAGCUACGUCCCCAACGGCUACGAUCACACAAUGGUUACUUUGCUCAGUACCUUUCUUUACAUCAGGGGUCUCAUCAGGGGUCUCAUCAGGGGUCUCAUCAGAGGUCUCAUCAGGGUCUCAUCAGGGUCUCAUCAGGGGUCUCAUCAGAGGUCUCAUCAGGGAUCUCAUCUGGGAGACCCUGAUGAGAUCCUGAUAAAGCAAUUUUAA